AUGUCAGCGAUGAACUCUGAUUCUGAUGAGGAUAUGCCUCCAGCAAAGCAGGUAAACACUGGACAGUGCGACACUGGCACGAUUUCAGAACAAGCAAACACCGCUCAUAGCAAUGGUCAUUUCAACCCUCCUGUGCCGCCUAACAACCUUCAGCAGUACUACUUCAAUGGUAUUUACCACCCCAUGUCGGCCCCUGGGCCCUCAUCUGCUGCCGCAGUUGCACGCCCGAUGAUCGUCAGCAAACACAUGGAACUCAAGGGCCAGACAUUGGUGGAGCCAGUCAGACGUGCAAAGGUGGCGCGCAAGUCCAGAUAUGAUCCACGAACAAUUUGCAGGGAUGUUCUCCUGGCGACGGGACGUCAUCCAGACAUGCGACCUCUGAACCAACAUCUCCACGUAAUGCACAACUUCCUCAAGCUACAUUCCAAAGAUGUUGAGCUGGACAAAUUCGAUCUCGAAACGAUUCGCUGGGACCUCAUUGACCCCGGCGAGCCGAUAGUUGAGCCGAUUGAACCUGCGGAAGCAGAUAGAGAGUCUACUGUCGAAGCCGGAACGAACGAGAGGAACGCAACAGACGCCGACGACGAAGGUGGAAGUGAAGACGAAGGAGGAGCACCACUCACUUCUGAUGUCCCACCUGUCACUGCUGAGGCUUCCACAAGUGAAAACACACCAGCACGUUCGACAUCUGGUCGCCACGCGUCAACCAGCCAACUCGUCGCCGUAGAGAUCGACACAAGCAAGGGCAACCAAGGUCGUACCAGGAAGCCGUUCCCUAAGGCCAGGGUUGGACGUCCUCGCAAGAGUCUGCCUGCAGCCAGUGUCAGUGUUGGCAACGGCAGAUCUCCGGCUAAACCCUCGACCCGCCGUCAUACCGACAUGCAUCAACGCGCGACAUCGUCCAUCGCGACUGACACACCUCGCAAACAACAAACACCGAACAUGUCGGCAACACUGAUUCCAGAUAAGCCGGUUGGCUACGCAGCAUUCCGCUCAGCGGUCACCGAGUAUGAUGAAAAUGGUAAUCCGAUUAAGAAANAAGGUCGCCCGGUCGGCUGGCGCAAGAGCGUCCAUAGUAAGGCAGCACUUGCAGCAGCGGCUGGCGAAAGCAUCGACGGCCCCAAUUCCAAGUCAUCAACGGCGGCUCAGCGCACAUCUCGAGGUCAAGCAGCGCCGAGCUAUGCGCCACCAAAGCAGCGUCGUGGCAGACCGGCCAAACCUAUUGUCGAAGUCAAGGAGCCUGAAGUCGAUUUCAACGUUUACAAGUGUGAAUGGGAAGACUGUGGUUCAGAACUGCACAACAUCGACACACUGCGCAAACACGUUCUCAAACUUCACGGCAAAAAGACAUCAGAAGGCGACUACGAAUGCGCAUGGUUCGGAUGCUUCCAAGAAGACGAGGUGACUGCUUUUGACGACAUGGCGCAAUGGAUGGAGCACAUGGAGACGCAGCAUGUCAAGCCGAUCUCGCGAACUCUAGGCGAUGGACCUCGCCAAGGACUUUCAGGUGGCUCUUGA